GAGAGUUGGGGAGAAGACAAUUUCUCUUCUCAACUCUUACCAACUUUCAGUUGCCAUGACUUCUGUAAACAGCUUUGUAGUUCAUAGGAUUAAUCCACUAACAAAACUUAAACCCUCGUUGAAUCUUCCAGUUAAGGGUUUAUCUCAAAGUUUCUGUAAAUAUCACAAGAAUCUGUGUUUGUUAAAAGGAAAUAGACGAGAUUGGGGUUUUAGGGCAAUUAAAACAGAUGAGUUUGAUGUGAUUCCAGUUCAUAGUAGUGAUCCACAAGAUGAGGUGGUUGCUAUGGUUGAAAAAGAAAUGGAAGUAGAGAAAAUGAAUCAAGUAGAUUUGCUUGUUAAUGAUGGAAUGCUUUCGUUUGGAGGUGGAGAAAUGCAAGGGUUUUCUUCUUCUAGUGUUAUUAGUUUAGAGGGAAAGGAGGAGGAGAAACAAGAAGAGGAUAUUGAGAAGUUGAUGGAUAGGUCAAUUAAUGCUACAAUUGUUCUUGCUGCUGGAACUUUGGCUAUCACCAAAUUGCUUACAAUUGACAAGGAUUACUGGCAGGGAUGGACACUAUUUGAGAUACUAAGAUAUGCACCCCAGCACAACUGGAUUGCUUAUGAAGAGGCUCUUAAAACAAACCCUGUCUUAGCUAAAAUGAUGAUAAGUGGGGUAGUCUACACUUUAGGUGAUUGGAUUGCACAGUGCUAUGAAGGGAAACCAAUUUUUGAAUUUGACCGAGCACGUAUGUUCAGAUCAGGCAUUGUUGGGUUCUCUCUUCACGGCUCGCUUUCUCAUUAUUACUACCAAUUCUGUGAGGCUCUUUUUCCUUUCCAAGACUGGUGAGUUGUCCCUGCUAAAGUUGUAUUUGAUCAAACCGUGUGGUCGGCUGUUUGGAACAGCAUUUAUUUUACGGUAUUAGGAUUGUUGCGUUUCGAAUCCCCAACUACGAUUAUUGGCGAACUGAGCGCAACCUUCUGGCCCAUGUUAACAGUAAGGGUUUCAUUGUCUUUACCAUUUUUCAACAAAACAAAAGGUUCGGUAAAUAUGAAGGAUAUUCGUGCCCUGUUGGUGGACCUAGCUGGCUAACGCUCAACUCAACUUGGGUUUUCCUCUGAUCUCAUCAGCGUCAUUGUGUCACUUAUUUAUCUAUAAUUCAUGAGGCUGGGUGGAAGCUCUGGCCUUUUGCCCAUCUGAUUACCUAUGGUGUGGUCCCACUAGAACAAAGGCUUCUUUGGGUUGACUGCGUUGAACUAGUAUGAGUAACUAUACUGUCCACCUAUUCGAAUGAGAAAUCGGAAGGAAGGGUAGCCGAAGCAUCCCUAGAGACAAUACCUGUAUCACAGUCAGUCGAUCUUCCUAAGGAAUGAUGAAAUGGGAUUAUGUUGUAUGGUCUGGAGUUGCCUAGAGAGCGAAGACCAUCAAUGCAGCUCGGGUGAUGUGAAGUCAGAAAUAGAAUAUCCUGGAAGUAAGACUGGACAGACAAACCCACUACUUAAAUUUCAUCCCCUAGAAAGUAUGUAUGUCGUCUUUUACACAUCUGUAUUUGCUCACAUUGUCAUAAUUGUAGAGUUGCAAGUGCUGUUAAAUGUUCCCUUGAGUAGCAAAUCACAAUACAAGUACAUGUCUAUCAGUUAGUCUGUAACUAAUAGUUGUAACCACAUAGUCAAAACGUCAAAUAAUAAUUUAGUUUAUUUGAAACUGUGAACAACAACAAAUUCUUAGUUCAUUUUCAAUAAUUUUAUAUCUCAG